AAGAAGAACAAGUCACAACUCCCCCCGCCCACCACUGCCAACUCACAGCCCAAGAAACAACAACAACAGCAAAUGAAUGGUACUGCAACAAGUGCGAAGAAGAAUAAAGACAAGCGAGCUUCGGAGCCGCCAGCUGCCCAGCCGACGAAAGGGACAACAGACUCGAAGAUAAAAGAGAACACACUGGUUUUCAACUCAGAAAGCACAUCAGCUUCGGGAAAGAAAUGGGUCAAAGAGUGUGCCAAGCUUGGGAGGAGAGCACAUGAAGCUGACUUCGAGAUAGAAGGAGAGACGAUGUUCGGGCUGAGUCACAUGGGACCGGCCAGGGCAAGACAGAGACGGCGAACUGGUGAAGACCUGUUGCGCUUCUGUGUCUUCCACUGUGCGGAAAAGUUUGAUCAUCGAAGUGAUAGAGCGGGGAUCGAAGUGAUAUGGAGACUCGUCAAAAAUGCUGGUGGAAUCUACGUACACAACCGCGAAAACUUUAAAAUGGUUGAUCAUUGGUUAUCUUUUCAUUAUCGGCCUGCUAUGGAAAUAGACGCCGGAUACUCCUAGCGAAUGAUGACUUCUCGCCCGAUGCCAGAAAGUUAGCAGACGAGUGCUGCCUACCAUUGUUGCGCGUGGAGUGGCUAUUGGAUUCAAUUAGCCGAAGCGAGUUGCUUUCACGCAAGGAUUAUUGUAUUUAUAGUGAGAAAAAAAGCAAAUCAGAUUUGGACACUACAAUUCUUUCAGUCUGAAUAGACAAAAUUACU